AAGGGGAACUACGGUACAGGGAGAACAGCUGGCCACGGGGACCGGACACCGGACCAGAUCGGACGGAACUGCGCGAAAAGAAGAAUGUUGCGUGCCGUGAGCGCGACGCUGCGAGGAAUCGCAGCGAGGACGAGUACAAAUGCGACAAAUUGCAUUACUUCAAGAUGCAAUUCCAUUUUGAAUUCCAUACAACACAGAGAGUUUGGGGCACUAUCAAUUGCUGUCCAAAAAUGGGCAGCUGUCGGACCUACGCAACAUAAAACACUACUAAACCAUGCGACAACGGAAAAUCGUCUAGCUUUGCCAGCAGAACCUAUUAAUGUGCCAAUAAGAACUGUAAUCAAGUUUACUAUGGCAAAAGGAAAGCGGCAGACGGUGAAGACAGUCCUAAAACGUUUCUACCGACUGCACUGGGGUAUCUGGAUCAGAACAAGAACAGGUCGACACAAUAAGCUAUGGACAAAAUCGUCCGCCAGAAAAAAAAGGCUGAGGAAACAUGUGUUCUGCAAUGCCACACAGUCGACGCUUCUGGACAAGAUGGUAUCCAAGUACUGGAAGAGACGGCACUAUUAUAUUGACGAUCCGUAUGAACCGUAUCACAAUCGCGAAGAGUUCAGAAACACUCGGAGAAAUCCGUUACCUUAAUCAUUAUCUAAUUGUUAAUUGCUACAUUGUAAGCUUUUGAUUGAAUAUUAAAAAUGGUAUUAAAGAUGAUACUAUUAAAAUAGA